AUGCAGGACUGGAACUGUUAUUUCCAAUUCUAUAACGACUACUCCAAUGCGUUGAAGAACCUAUUACUGGAAGAAAAUAAACCCUAUUGUGCAGUACUUUAUGCCACAGCUUCAGAAUUACCUGAGAGAAAGACGGCCACCAAAGCUAUUGCUAUCAUAACCGAGACAUUAAUUUGUGAUGAAAUUACGAGAGCCGUUCACUUCAACGAAUUAAUAAAUGAGACCAAAUGUAGCCGACCUAAGAUCGAAAGCUUUUUGAAAAAUGCCAUAUUAAAGCCAAUGAUCGCAUAUAAACAAAUGAAUCUUACUUUACAAAAAUUUUUGUCGAGUUUUAAAAAUAAGGUUAUGUCAGAACUGAUAGGGAAAGUCUCUACACUAUACCAACAGCUCUACACCUCAGCAGAGAAAUGCUCUCGUGAUUUGCCGAACCCUUCGGACAGAUGUCAUAACAUAAAGAUGUUUAUCAAAGAAAAAGAGUCUUCUAUUUGGUUGAACUCUAAGUUCUAA